ACUAUUUGCCCAUCCCUAACCUGCACCCCUUCCCUCUCUCUCUCUUCUGCACCUGCAACACCCUCUUCGGCUUUCCGUUUUCUCUCCCCCAUUUUUAUCCCCCCUUCACCAUUCCUCUCCUAACCCCCACCCUCCUCUUCCUCCUCCUUAUCCUGCACCCCAACCCAAACCCAGACCGAAACCCCCACACCCUUCCCUCCUUCUCUCCAUUCCUCCUUAUCCUAUGUUCUCAAAUAACAAAUAUAUCCUCGCGAGCACAGUCUCUCUCGGUUCGAAUUGAAACCCCCAAAACCACUCUCUCUUAAACCCUAACAAGAAAUUCACUCUCCUCUCGCACACCACCGAGCUACCCUGCCAGCAUCUUUAGAACUUGAUCUGAUAUAAAAAAAAAAAAAUCCUCCCAUCUUCUCGCACUCUUCUACGUCUCUCGGCAUCUCUCUCGUCGGGUCUCAGCAGGCUUGAAGAUUGGAAGAAGGUCUCCGAUCCUAACAAGUACUUUGUCUCCGACUUCGUUGGAAUGGAGUAGACAGACUAUGAUCUUGGUUGUGACUAACUAGGGCUCUGGUCUUUAACUUAAGAACGUUCGACUUCUUGUCACAGUGCGAUUGGAAAGGAGUUGGCAGCAGGAAACACAGUCAUUUGAACUUGUAUCGUAAUGGGGGAUGUCGUUAGUAAAGCUGCAAAUGGGGUCGGCGAUCUACUUGAGAAAGCAUUUUUGGCUCCAUUUAAGACUAUGUUCAAUACCUCGUGCGAGGAUGUUUGUUCAGGACCCUGGGAUUUGAUUUGUUUCAUUGAGCAUCUUUGUGUCUCCAAUCUAUUGAGACUGUUAAUGAUAUCGAUUCUCUGCUACAUAACUUUGUUGUUCUUUUAUCUAUUAUUCAAGCUGGGAAUCUUCCAAUGCGUUGGAAAGAGCCUAUGUAAAAUGUGUUGGGCUGCAUGUGAGACAUAUUGGUUUGCAUUGGAAGAUAUUACUUGUUUCUUGUGGUACAAGCUAAGGAACACUAGGAGGAUAGACCGACGUCGUCACCGCCAUUGCCGCCGCCGCCAAUUUCGAGACAUAGAACAAGGCUUCAGUUCGAGUGAAGAAAAUGACUUGUGGGAUAACCAUCAUAACUUAAACGUCAGUAGAAAGCGGAAGUCAGUCAGCAGGAGAAGAAAGGACAGGCUGCAGAGCUCGAUUUACCCUUCAAGUAGGCAUGAUGCUCGCAGCCAUCGCCAUGUAAGGUUAAAGUCUAGGGGAAGGUCUGUUCGUGUUGUGGGCAGGUCUCGAACGGUGAGAAGUUCUAGACGUCUUCAAUUAAGCAAGGUGAGAACUGUUGGAAGGCAAGCCAGAACUUUGAAGAGGAGGAGAAUUAGAUGAUUGUCUGUGAUUCUGAAAUUAGUUUGGAACUAGUAUUGUAUUUUGAUUAGUUGAAUUUAAGAUAUGAUAUAUUUGAUGAA